AUGAGUCUUUUUAGAAAUAAGGCUAAAAGUAGUAUCACUUCUUUUAAAAGAGGUGUUUCGCCAAAUGUUGGAAAGUCACAAGUGAAUUUCUAUCCGCCACCUGAUAUUUCGCGACCAGAUAUUUUAUAUCAGCGUGUAAAUAAUGGACGGACAGAUCUGAAAUACCGAUUAAACGCCAAUGAAGUGCAUCAUUCUGCCAAAGCGUUAUUCACAAUCCGAAAUCUUGGUCAGAAUAAUACGGCCUUAACAACCGGUGUUCAAAAGACAGCUAUCAGUAGCUCUAAUCAGCAGCAAGCAAUUGCAAAUUCAAGUCGAGAACGUGAAAUCGAAAUGGGAAUAUCUCUACAGUCUUCGACAACUGGAAGCAUUCCGACCGAAAGCAUGGAAAACGGAAAGGAUGAAGUUACAGAAGUACCUAUUGAAUUGCCUUAUGCACCUCAGAAACCGUUAGUAUCUUCCGGCAACAAUGAAUUGCAGCAACAGCAUACUUCUUCAACAUCUUCAACUGUCUUUCUUACUUCAAUAGUGUCCACAUCAACACAGCAUCAAGUGUUAGUUUCAUCUUAUCCGAUGGAAACAAAGCAGUCAGAAGCAGAGGAGUACGAACCUCCCAAUUUCAGCAUAACUUAUGAAGAACAGCCAUAUUUUACAACUUCCAAUGCUAUAAUAAUUCACAACCCAUCAAGCAACGAGCAACAAUUUCAAGCUGAAAAUACAACAUCCGUAACUACGCCCACAAUAAUUCAGGAAGUUUCAGUUUCACAGCGGACGGUACUGUUACCGAAUAUCACAUCGGAACGAAUGCCUUCUAAUUUAAUAAACAAAGCUCUAUCCAGUGAAACCACAGAAAAUCAAGAAAAAAGUAGUUUUUUCGAAACUCAAGAAACAUUAGAAAGCCGUUACGGGUCUGAUAUGAUGCUCGGAACUUCUGCCCAUAUCAACGAAUCUUAUACGGAUGUAUCGAUAGAUACAGUGUCAUCUUUGACCGUUGAACCCGACAUUGCGGUAAACGUUCCUACUGCAACCACAGAACUUCGGGGAUCAUCUGUUCAAUAUUCUGGAGAUAAUUAUGAAACCAACAUUUUAGAAGACACAAAAAAUUCUUCUGGAACAAUAGAUCGAAAUAAUUCAUUACAAACUGAGAGAAUUUUAAUCCGGCCAAUAGAUGUUGUAUCUUCCUAUGAUAAGCAACUUGUUAAGCCAAGGAUCCAAUCACUGUUACCUUUUCAUUUUUCUAUGAAGAAUGGAACCAUUGUUUCCAAUAAUGUGCCAUCAAAUAGACAGAUGUCUCUGAAACAAGAAACAAUUUCUAAAAGUUUUACACACCAUAAAUCUGACACUGAUAAAAGCAACGUUAGCUCUACACUGGUAGUGAUCACUCACAAACAGACAUUCACGCCAGCAACAGUGACUUCUGAACAGUGGCCUGGACUCAGAUCUAACCACAGUUUGUCAGCCGAAGAAAUUCCGAAUAUCACAAAUGAGAAAGAAACUUUGGGUAACUUUGGACAGGAAGCAGAUGAUUUGCAAGGCACGUCUAAUUCAAAGCAGCAAUCAUCAUUUAACGGUGGAUAUUAUCCGGAGGAACAGCAUUCAUUCGCCGAUUUAAAUACUAAAGGCAGUAGCAGCGAUACUGCUGAAACUGAUGAACAAAAUUCUCAAACUAAUGAUAUCCAUUUAACUAAUUUUUAUCCGAGCUAUGAAAAUGAAGAAAUGAUUGAACGUGGCAAAAUUCCAGUUCAGUUAGGUCACACCGAUAUUAUUGAGGACGAACAGAUCAAUAAAAUGAAGACGAGUUCCGAUCUGCAUCCAUCCAGCAUAGAUGCUUCCGGCAUUACCAAUGGUACCACACAUCAGAGCAUAAUGGUUAUUGAAAUGGAAUCGGAGACUUUCAAAGAAAUUCAUGAAAUUAAGCAGACUGUAUCGAGCAGCCCUAGUGAUGAAACAAGCUUUAAUAUCAGUUCUCAGCUUAUUCCGAGUAAUGAAACUGUAUCAUUAAAUAAAGAUACAAAAGAACUUAUGCCGUCGGUGUUUCCGCAGAUGACGAACAGAUUGCCACCAACAUUUACGGUAACACCGGCAUCCAUUCUAGCAGGAAUUCAUCGGACUGAGAUGCCAGUCAAAGAAACUACUCAUGAUAAUCAUGUAACGUCCUUGAACUGGUAUUCAGGCGAAUCCAGUCAACGUGUUAGCCUUCCUGUUUCUAAACUGGAAGUAUCUGAUACCUCUAGCUUGACUUCAGAAACAAAUACUAUCACAACACAAAAACCUUCAAGAACAAUUAACAUUUCUGCAUCAACUUCCCCUGCGAUCAUGUUAAUUCCAUCAUCUGUUCCAUUAUCAACUGCGACUGAAUUUUCAUCAGCUGUAGCAGCAGCACAGCAUGAAAGAACAGCAAUCGACCAUUCAGCUGUUGAAGAGAGUUCAAAGGUCCAUCCUUUUCACGGUGGACCUUCAGAAGGAUUAGUAGGAACAGUUUCAAGUUACCCUAAAGGAGUACUUGAAAAUGACUGGAGUUCUCAGUUUAAAACUGAAGUUUCCCCAUCAGAAAUACUUCAUAGUGAUCCACUUUCCGGAACAGCAGAACAGCAGAUUAAAAAAACUGGCACGUCAUCCUAUGCCAACAAUGUUGGUGGACAUGAAGAUGGCGGUAAUUAUGACAACGUCAUGGCUAUAAAAAUAUCCAUACCCAACUUAACCCGUCAUAAUUUUGUAGCAAGAAAUGCAAAAAAAUUUAGCAGCAUAUCCAUCAAGGAUAUUGUUUCAACAACCUUUAUUCCUAUUCCGAUAAUGCAAAACCGAUACGUGAACAUUUAUCCUAAAUACAACACGGCUGGACCGGUAAAAGUUAACCCACCGCAGUACAUUCCGCAGUCAUUACCGCAACAAUUGCCGAAUUCAGUGAAGUUCCCUUACACAGAUCAGCCUUUCAAUCCUAAACCUUAUCAGUCAUACAUUCCGCAGAAACCAAUCUAUACCGUUUGGUCGAAAGCGACAAUUCAGAGUAUGCAACCAUUAAGUGCUCCAGCAGCAAUGUUUGGCUUAGAAUUAGGCUCAGGAUGUUGCACCAGCAGGAGCGGAGAAGCAGCAUGCACAAAUUUAAGUGAAUUACUGUAA